AGCAAAAGAAACAAAAGUUUUUACAUUAUUAUACUUGAAUUAUUCAAUUAAUUAAUCUGAAAAUGCGGAAGCUUCGCCACGUUCGUCAAUUUUGCUAUUUUCUUUUAACUGGAAUUAUAUUCCUUUCGCUGUUGCAAUCUUUAAACAAAAAAGGGGAAACUGACUAUUCGUCACUCACCGAUGAUCAGAUAAAUGAACUUGUGAAAGAAGCAGAUGCUGAUAUGGCUGAAAGAAGGGCACGCGUAAAAAUGGUUUGCUCUAAAUACAAUUUGGGUGACUACGAGAAAAAAGGCGAUAGUCGAGACGAGCAACUUUUUCAGCAUCCACCUAUUCCAAAAGACCGAGUUUUCUUUAUAGACGAUGUCCACAAAAUGACUUAUUGUCCCAUUUACAAAGCGGCUUCUACUACUUGGCUCCACCAAAUGAUGUUGUUAGCUGGAAUUUCUGAGCAAGCAAUACUCAAUGAAACCAAAGCAAGAAGCAUCUACCCAGAGCCACACUUGAACGACGUAGAAAAGGCUCUGCGUACCACCUUGAAAUUUAUAAUCGUUCGCCACCCAUUUGAACGUCUUGUCUCUGCAUUCAGGGAUAAACUUGAGAACAAAAGUGCUCGACAGAUGAACGGCAAUCAACAUUUUUACGCAAAACUUUUUGCUCCAAAAAUAAUUGCUAAAAGUAGAAACUCAACAAGCGGUAGUCCUGAGCCAACAUUUCAAGAAUUUGUAGCGUACUUGUUAAAAGAAAAAGCAGAAGAACUAGACGAUCACUGGAUACCAAAUUACCUUUUCUGCACACCAUGUAUUAUUGACUACGACAUAAUAGCUCACGUUGAGACUCUGUUUCGAGACCAAUUGUAUGUGAUCAAAAAAGUGAAAUUGGAAGGAAAAAUUUGGCCUAUAUGGAGACAUAUUACGAAGGGACAAAGUUCUGCCGGGGAGAUAGCAAAGAGUUAUUUCAGUCAACUCACGCAAAGUGACGUUCAGCAGCUAUACAAAAUGUACAGACUGGAUUUUGAGUUGUUUGGAUAUAAUCAUUCGGAGUAUCUAAAUUUUGCAAGAAAUUAAAAAAAAAAUGGUGAAUUUGAGAAAAGAGAGCUUUUUCAUUUAUAUUAUUUAUGUUUUAAUUUAAGAGUAUAUUUAAUUAUAAUAUAUAGAAUUUUUAACAAAUUUUGAAAGUAAAAC